CGUCGAAAUGUUGUCGCUCUUCAAUUCGUUAAUUGUUUGCCUCAUCUGCUGUGUUGUCAUUGUUGCCACACAAAAUUGUGAGAUAGGAGGAAACUGGAGCACCCAUUUAAAAUGCGAGGAAGUAAGAAGUCUCCAGGAAAUAACAAGAGGUAAAAUUUUAUCCUCAAUGCGCCUACGAAGGAUCAUCAUCAAUAACAAGGACACAGAGCUAAUAAUUGGGAGCAGCCAACUUUACUCUUCCCACUUUGGUGGGUAUCGAUCUGCAUGUGCCACGCUUAGAACUCCGCAAUGGCGCCUUUGCCAAUCUCCCUGGUCUGUGGUGGAUCAAUAUGAAUGACUGUGGCUUGGAACAACUGGAGAAGUCAUAUUUUCCCAUUCAUCCGGAGAUCCACGCGAUCGAAGUCAACCACAAUAAGCUCAAAUUUAUCUCAAAAGAUUUUUUUUGAGAAUCUGUUCAAUUUGGUUAUUGUUCAUUUCGAACAUAAUGCUCUGACUCAUCUGGAGUUGCCGCACAUGACUUAUCUGAGAGAACUUUACCUUGGACAUAAUAAAUUGGCUGAUUUCACCUUUAGUGAUUGUCCACGCUUGGAACUACUCUACCUCAACGACAAUCAACUCACACAGCUGGAUUCCACUUCUUUCCAACAAUUACCCGAAUUAUUGGAGCUGCAGCUGAGUGGAAAUUUGAUAACUGAGAUUGGCGCGGAUACCUUCCAGUCACUGAUAAAACUUCGCACUCUAAAUCUCUCGAGGAAUGCAUUGACUUCACUUCCGGCAGAUGUUUUUGGCUCAUCUGUACAGCAAUUCGCACUGCAACAAUUGGAUCUCUCUCACAAUAACAUUAAUGUGCUCUUCGAAAACCAAUUCGAAUUGUUGGCUGGACUUCAGAUGCUGAAUUUAUCUGGCAAUAAUAUUGCCGUUUUGAAGAGUGCUCACUUUGCAGGUCUUACUUCGUUACGCCAUUUGCAUUUGCAGUCAAACGAUAAAAUGGAGCUAAAAGGACACACCUUUGCAACACUCAAGCAACUGGAGACGCUCGACUUGUCCCACAUUGGUCUCGAUAUUCUGGAUCCGCAUCUCUUCGGCUACAAUCAGGAGGGCACAGAAAGUAUCUACGAUUACUUGCCAAUGGCUCACAUGCGUAAGCUUAAUCUAAGUAGCAAUAAUCUCCAACAUCUGCACCCUAGAGCCUUUGCUAAGUUAUCCUCUUUGGAAGAGCUCUAUCUGAGCAACAAUGCAUUGCGUGUGCUUCCUGAGGGCCUGUUUGUUCCUAUACAAAAUCUGAAGAAGCUGGACGUGAGUUACAAUCAAUUUGCGGAGAUAAGCAGCGAUGUUAUAAACAGCCUGAACAACAUCACCGAUCUGCAUAUUGACAACAAUCGGCUAACUUUUCUGCCCAAUCUGAAUGGAAAGCUGCGAAAUGUGAAAGUGUUCAGAGUGAGCUUGAGUUUCGGCGAACAACCAGAUGAGGUGCUGCAAUGGGAAGUGAGCAGUCUACAGGAAAUAGCUAGAAUUGAAUCUUUAUCCUCAAUACCACUACUAACUAUCAUCAUCAAUAACACGGACACAGAGCUAAUCAUUGAAGCAGCCAACUUUACUCUUCCCAAUUUGGUGGGUAUCGAUCUGCAUGUGCCACGCUUAGAACUCCGCAAUGGCGCCUUUGCCAAUCUCCCUGGUCUGUGGUGGAUCAAUAUGAAUGACUGUGGCUUGGAACAACUGGAGAAGUCAUAUUUUACCAUUCAUCCGGAGAUCCACGCGAUCGAAUCAAACGAUAAAAUGGAGCUAAAAGGACACACCUUUGCAACACUCAAGCAACUGGAGACGCUCGACUUGUCCCACAUUGGUCUCGAUAUUCUGGAUCCGCAUCUCUUCGGCUACAAUCAGGAGGGCACAGAAAGUAUCUACGAUUACUUGCCAAUGGCUCACAUGCGUAAGCUUAAUCUAAGUAGCAAUAAUCUCCAACAUCUGCACCCUAGAGCCUUUGCUAAGUUAUCCUCUUUGGAAGAGCUCUAUCUGAGCAACAAUGCAUUGCGUGUGCUUCCUGAGGGCCUGUUUGUUCCUAUACAAAAUCUGAAGAAGCUGGACGUGAGUUACAAUCAAUUUGCGGAGAUAAGCAGCGAUGUUAUAAACAGCCUGAACAACAUCACCGAUCUGCAUAUUGACAACAAUCGGCUAACUUUUCUGCCCAAUCUGAAUGGAAAGCUGCGAAAUGUGAAAGUGUUCAGAGAAGUGAGCAGUCUACAGGAAAUAGCUAGAAUUGAAUCUUUAUCCUCAAUACCACUACUAACUAUCAUCAUCAAUAACACGGACACAGAGCUAAUCAUUGAAGCAGCCAACUUUACUCUUCCCAAUUUGGUGGGUAUCGAUCUGCAUGUGCCACGCUUAGAACUCCGCAAUGGCGCCUUUGCCAAUCUCCCUGGUCUGUGGUGGAUCAAUAUGAAUGACUGUGGCUUGGAACAACUGGAGAAGUCAUAUUUUACCAUUCAUCCGGAGAUCCACGCGAUCGAAGUCAGCCACAAUAAGCUCAAAUUUAUCUCAAAAGAUUUUUUCGAGAAUCUGAUCCAUUUGGUUAUGGUUCAUUUGGAUCAUAAUUCUCUGACUUAUCUGGAGUUGCCGCACAUGAAAAGUCUGAGAGAACUUUACCUUGGACAUAAUAAAUUGGCCGAUUUCACCUUUAGUUAUUGUCGACGCUUGGAACUACUCUACCUCAACGACAAUCAACUCACUCACCUGGAUUCCACUUCUUUCCAACAAUUACACGAAGUAUUGGAACUGCAGCUGAGUGGAAAUUUGAUUACUGAGAUUGGCGCGGAUACCUUCCAGUCACUGAUAAGACUGCGCACUCUAAAUCUCUCGAGGAAUGCAUUGACUUCACUUCCGGCAGAUGUUUUUGGCUCAUCUGAACAGCAAUUCGCACUGCAACAAUUGGAUCUCUCUCACAACAACAUUAAUGUGCUCUUCGAAAACCAAUUCGAAUUGUUGGGUGGACUCCAGUUGCUGGAUUUAUCCGGCAAUAAAAUCGCCACUCUGAAGAGUGCUUACUUUUCAGGCCUGCAUUUGCAGAAGCUGAAUGUGGAUCACAAUCUAUUUCCGGAGAUAACCAGCGAUGUUCUGGAGAGUCUAAACAACAUCACAGAUCUGCUUAUUAACAACAAUCAAACUUUUCUGCACAAAUUGAAUUAGACGAUUCCCCAUUUGAGGGAUGAUCGACGUAACGAAGCUAAGGAAGAGCUUAAGUUUUCAGAUGAGGUCGUCUAAUGAUUACAUUAUUAAUAUGGUUUCCACUAAAAUAUAAACUUAGAA